AUGCGACGUAAAGAAGCAAUCAUUGUGUACCGGUUACCAUGGACUUGGAAAUGCAGCAAAUUCCUGAUGAAAUUAAUCCAUGCUGGGUUAAAUACCAUCGCUCUGGUGCUUGCAGUUAUUGCUCUGGUGGCUGUUUGGGAUUUCCACAAUGCCAAGAAGAUUCCCAACAUGUACAGUCUGCACAGCUGGGUCGGGCUGACGGCUGUCAUUUGUUAUGCUCUGCAGCUUGCUCUAGGUGCUGCUGUCUUCCUGCUUCCCUUUGCUCCCAGUUCCCUCCGGGCAACCGUGAUGCCAAUUCAUGCCUAUUUCGGCCUUCUAAUCUUCGGAACGGUGAUUGCAACAGCCCUCAUGGGAAUCACGGAAAAACUUAUUUUCGCUUUAAAAAACCCUAAAUAUAGUGAUUCCCCCCCGGAGGCCAUCUUUGCCAACGUUCUUGGUGUCCUGAUUUUGGUCUUUGGUGCUGUUGUUUUGUGGAUGGCAACAAGGCCCCACUGGAAGCGCCCGCAGGAGCCGGAUUUGAAAAUCUCUCACCGAAAUGGAGGAACGGAGGGGUCGACUAUGACGGACUGCAGCAACGCGGAGAAGUCUGACGUGGAGUUCAACAGCGAGGCAGCCAGAAAACGCAACCUGAAACUUGACGAAGCUGGUCAGAGGUCAACCAUGUGAAAGUGUUGGGUGCUACAGCCAUACAUCUCUCAGUACCAAAAGGGCUAUUUCUCUCCCUCGCCCCUUUAGCUGUGCAACAACACAAUAUAUUUUGCUUGCUUAGUG